UUUCUACUCAGUCCGGAACGAACUCUCGUGUCGUACGUUUGUUGAAAAAUUUUACUACUUGUACAUAAUAAUACAUUGCGUGUCCAUCAUUGUGAUUUAAAACUAACUUCCUUUUGGUGAAAAUAAGAUCUGGCAAUGACAUCCCACGCAUACUAUAAAGAGCGUUUGGGUUUUGAUCCCAACGAUAUAAGCAAUGAGCCGUCAAUUGCGUCAUCAUCUCAGGUGCGGAAAAACUCGAAACACCAUCACUCGGACAACCCACACAAUCAACACUACGCCAGCUCACAAAAACAUGGUCGACAAAGUGCUGCUUAUUAUUCACAGCAUGCCGUUCAGAUACCUGUUUCGCAAGAAAAGGCAAGAAUCGGUGAUAUUGAUUUCAAUGUGGAAACUAGUCCAGCAAAAAAAGCUAAGCAUUCCACUACACCCUCUCAGCAAGGGGGGCAUGUAGGGGGCUAUGAAGAUGCUUUGACACAAUUUAAAGAUGAACGGGAUGCGAUUCAAAAGAAAACAUUUACGAAAUGGGUAAACAAACAUCUCAAAAAGGCUAAACGGCAAGUGGAUGAUUUAUUUGAGGAUCUAAGGGAUGGCCACAAUUUGCUCUCGCUUCUGGAGGUUCUAUCAAAUGAACACUUGCCUCGCGAAAAAGGAAAAAUGCGUUUUCAUAUGUUACAAAAUGCACAAAUGGCUCUUGAUUUUCUUCGUUACAAAAAAAUUAAAUUGGUCAAUAUCCGGGCUGAAGAUAUUGUGGAUGGCAAUCCUAAAUUGACGCUUGGGCUAAUUUGGACAAUCAUCCUACAUUUCCAGAUUUCGGACAUUGUAGUAGGUAAAGAUGACAAUGUUUCCGCCAGAGAAGCCUUGUUACGUUGGGCACGCCGCUCCACAUUACGAUACCCAGGAGUACGGGUUAACGACUUCACAACAUCAUGGAGAGAUGGAUUAGCAUUUUCUGCGUUAGUACACCGAAACAGACCAGAUUUGUUGGAUUGGCGGAAAGCAAGAUCGGAUCGUCCACGCGAGCGCUUGGAACAAGCCUUUCAUAUUGUGGAAAAGGAGUACGGUGUUACUCGUCUUUUGGACCCCGAAGAUGUGGACACCAAUGAACCCGACGAAAAGUCUCUCAUCACAUAUAUAUCUUCUUUAUACGAUGUGUUUCCGGAGCCACCUUCAAUCCAUCCAUUAUUCGAUAUGGAAUCCCAACGACGUGUCCAUGAAUAUCGGGAUCUUGCACAUCAAUUUAUCUACUGGUGUCGUGAAAAAACCGCAUACUUACAAGAACGGUCUAUUCCGCCAACAGUAAUUGAGAUUAAGCGAUUAUUAAACGAUUUACACUGUUUUCGCAAUGAAGAAGUUUUGGCACGUAAAAAUGAAAAGCAGAAACUAAUUCAAAUAUAUAACGAAUUAGAACGCUAUUUUGAAAGCGUUGGGGAAAUUGAUGUAGAAUCCGACCUCCGUCCCGAAGCAAUAGAGAAGGCCUGGUAUCGAAUGCAAACAGCGCUAUCUGAUCGAGAACUAAUUUUGCAACAGGAGCUUGAAAGACUAGAGCGCCUACAGCGAUUAGCCGAUAAAGUUCAACGCGAAAUUAAGCACGCUGAUGUAAAAAUAUCGGAAUUAGAAGUGCUUAUUAACGAAGAAUCUCGACGUAUUGAACGUUUACAUCCAAUCGAUGCUAAAAAUGUUGUCGAAUCAAUCGAAAUGGAAAUUCGUCAUUUAGAAGAACCUUUACAAAAUAUGCAUCAGGAUUGCCUUGUCCUUAAUGAUGGUCGCUACACUCAUGGUGCUGAAUUACUAGGCAAAGUAAACAAAUUACACGAACGAUGGGCUCAUCUCCGGACCAUUUUUAACUCGAAUUUAGUACAAAAAUUAACCGGAUUGAAAUAUCCAGUACAAGAAACAACUGUAACGAGACAAACCCGAACCAUUAUCGAAUCGCGACAAAUUGAAACCAAUUCCCACUUUCGCGAUCUUCAAGAACACAUUGAAUGGUGCCAACUUAAGCUGAAACAAUUGCAUGCGGCAGAUUAUGGUUCAGAUCUUCCCUCUGUUAAAGAAGAAUUUAUUCGUCAGCAAGAAGAACAUAAAGUAAUUGAUCAAUUCCACAGCAACAUUUUAAAUGAUGAACGCCAGCAAACGAAGUUUUCAGGAGACGAGUUGAGGCUCUAUCAACAACGUCUGAAUCAUUUGCAAAAAUUGUACGCGGAACUUCUAAGUACUUCCACAAAACGACUUUCGGACCUUGAUUCGCUUCAAAACUUUUUGGUUGAGGCAUCCUCAGAAUUGCAAUGGCUUAACGAGAAAGAGCUUAUUGAAAUUACCAGAGACUGGACGGAUAAACACUUAGAUUUGACCUCGGUGCAUCGCUAUUAUGAGAAUUUAAUGACAGAGUUAGAAAAACGGGAAAUACAUUUUGCCAGUAUACUUGAUCGUGGGGAAGCACUUCUCAACCAACAACACCCUGCUUCUAAAUGUAUUGAAGCGCACUUAACCGUUUUACAGCAACAAUGGGCAUGGCUUUUGCAAUUAACUCUAUGCCUAGAGGUUCACCUUAAACAUUCUACAGAGUACCACCAAUUCUUUACCGAAAUAAAAGACGCCGAACAAUGGCUUAGCAAACGGGAUGAGAUACUAAAUAGUAAAUACUCCCAGUCCGACUUUAGCUUGGAUCAAGGUGAAAAUCUUUUACGUGGAAUGCAGGAUUUGCGGGAAGAGUUAAAUAAUUUUGGUGAAACUGUUUCUAACCUUCAACAGCGUGCUCUACUUAUUAUACCAUUGAGCAAACGUCGUCAACCAGUCAGCAGCCCAUAUACAAUUCAAGCUAUUUGUGGAUAUAAACAGCAAGGCCACAUUCAAAUAGAGAAAGGAGAAAAAUGUAUGUUAUUGGAUAAUUCUGGGCGCGUUAAAUGGAGAAUACGUUCAUCUGCUGGUCAGGAAGCCUCUAUUCCAAGUGCCUGUUUGCUAAUACCGCCACCAGAUCAAGAAGCGGUUGAUGCCGCUGAGCGACUAAAACGAUUAUUUGAUCGUACAGUUAAUUUAUGGCAAAAGAAGCAUUUGAGACUUCGGCAAAAUAUGAUUUUUGCCACGAUUCGGGUAGUAAAAAGCUGGGACUUCGAUCAAUUCUUAGCUAUGGGCUCAGAUCAGCGGUCCGCUAUACGAAGAGCGUUAAAUGAGGAUGCUGAAAAGUUGCUUAGCGAAGGUGACUCGAAUGAUCCACAAUUGAGACGUUUGAGGCGAGAAAUGGAUGAAGUAAAUCGCUUGUUUGAUGAGUUUGAAAAACGAGCUAAUGCAGAAGAGGAAAGUAAACAAGCCAGCAGAAUUUUCACCGAAGAAUGUAUAAAUAUGAAGUCCAAGUUAGAAGAUAUGGCUCGUGAACUAGAUCAGAUUAUAUUAGCACCUUUGCCAAGGGAUUUAGAUUCCAUUGAACAUGUACAAGAAAUUCACAAAGAUUAUGAAUAUCGUCUGAAGCAACUUGAUCCUGAAAUACAACAUCUUCAAACAUCGUUUAGAAACAUUCCACUGAAAACACCUGCCUUGAAAAAGAGCCUUGAUAAUUUGAUAGAACUUUGGAAUGAGUUACAUACCCAAAGCGAUUUACAUAAAGACCGUUUGAAAUUAUUGGAGAUGUCUCUGGUGGGAUUAGAGGAGAAUGAAAACUUAAUUUCUGACAUUGAAAGUAAACUGGCAUCCCAUUCGGUAUUACCUUCUUCUGCAGAAGGACUUCAGAGAAUUUAUAAUCAAUUGACUGAUAUACAAGAUCAAAUUACACAUCAUCAACCUCAAAUAGAUAAAAUGAAUGACGCGGCUGAUCAAUUAGGUCGUAUGGGUGUUCCAACCAAAGUUUUGGGAGAUUUAAAAAGUCUUCACACAAAUGUUGGUAGAUUAAAUACACGUUGGGUUACUAUAUGUAACACUAUAGCUGAGAGGAUGCGAUCAUGUGAGUCCGCGAUCGGAUUACUAAAAAAUCUGCAAUCCAGCAUACAAAUUGAAGAAUCCUGGGUGGAUGGCCAAACAGAGAAAUUAUCUGCACUACCAACAGCUACAUCAGCUUAUGAAUUGGAUAAAUUAUUGGAUGCCGCAGUUGAAAGGAAGCCGAAAAUCGAAAAUGUGAACUUGGCCGGAGGACGUAUAAUACGCGAAGCAAAGAUAUAUGAUGGUAAAUGCAAACGCUUCCUGGAUUGGAUAUUGGAAGUAUGUCCUUCAUUUUUACCUCCUCGUAACGAUCUUCUAUCAGGAAACAACGAUCCAGGCACUGCGGAAUACUACGGUCAGCGCUUGGCCACAUUAAACACAAAAUACAAUAAUUUAUUGGAGUUACUGGGUCAACGUUUAAGAACUGCUGCGGAGGUGAAUGGCAUGAAUAAUUCGCAAUAUGCUGAAAGUGUUCAAAAUCCGCUCAAAGUGUUCAGAAGUGAUACCCUUCAUAAAAAUAUAACGGCAGAAGAUGAAUACAAAUCCAAUCUCGUUAAUAGCGAUAUUCACAUACCACAGUCCAGCACUAAUGGCGCAGAUAAAAAUGUAUCGACUACAAUAAUCAACAUCGAAUCUCGCGGCUUCAAAAGAGAAAAAAAAAGCAGCGAUGUAGAGGAAAAUCAGUUAUUAAGCAAUAAUCUUCUCGAUAUUGCUGGCAUCCGAGAUCCACUAACGGGGGAAAGUAUUACUAUAAGACAAGCCAUUUCGAUGCGAAUUUUGGACGUACGUUCAGGUGAACUGAUUUUAAAUGAUAAACAUAUACCCUUGGAAACAGCUGCAGAACAAGGAUUGAUUGAUGCAAAAUUAUCACAAUAUUUGUUAAAACCAUGCGCUGUAAAAGACUCUAGAGGUAGAGAACUUUCAUUAUUAGAAGUCAUUCAGAGCGAAAUUACUGAAGCAGAAUCAGGAUUCGAAUCUUCAGAAAAACGUAUUAAGAUAAAUACUAAUCUUGAGGAAAAUAAAACUAUCGAGGCUCUAUCUAAAGCGACCUCCAGCGUUGCACCUAAUCUAUGCGAGCUAAAAAAAUCCUUAAGUUUACCUGAAGCGUAUAAUCAAGGAUAUAUGAUAAAACAUGAGUCUGUAACGAUAAAGUCGAGUGCAUUAUGCUUAAGCGACGCCAUUGCUCAUGGUCUUGUUGACUCCGCUGGUUGGAUAUCGGACCGUAAUUCUGGUGAAAAAUUCAAACUUGACUCGGCUGUAGCAAAUCAAUUAAUUGAUCCCAAUAUUGUUGAAGUGGUAGAUGCAAAAAAUGAUAGAAAGAUUUCUGUUAGUGAUGCACUGACUCUUGGUAUUCUAAAUUUUAAAACUGGACGUUACGUUAACGAAGCUACAAAAGAAAAGUUAACAUUUAUUGAGGCUAAAAACCGGAAACUCAUUGUUAAGCCCUAUACAUUGAAAGAUAUUGUUGAUUUAAAUUUACUAGAUAAUAGCGAAAAAAUUAUUAGUCCAAUGCGCCGAAGUAAGUUAGAUCUAAUUCAAGCAAUUGAGUUCGGAGUUUUAGAUAAAAAUAAUUUAAAAUGUAUUAAUAAAGUUAAAGGAAAAUUAGUUACUUUGCAAGAGGCAAUAGACGAUGGAAUCAUAUUACCAAGAGAAUUUAAAUAUCGUGAUUUUAUGACUGGAGAGGUGAUGACUAUACCAGAGGCAGUAGAACGUGGUCUUAUAAGUUCGGUUUCACAAAAAUCAAUAUUUAAUAUAGAUGGUUUUAAAGAUUUGAGAAGUAAUGAUUUUGUCAGUUUCAAUAUGGCCUUAUCCCGUGAUAUUUUAUGUAAAAAGGGUCCCAGUUUUGUUUUAGAGGUUAGUAAAAAUGAGUAUUUACCUUUAGAAAUAGCUGUGAAAAAGAAUAUGGCACGACAAGAAGUUUAUGAAAUGUUUACUAAAGGUAUCGGUGUACAUGACGCUAGUGGGAAUGAAUUAACGGUUCUUGAUUUAUGCUAUCAUAGUUUAAUUGAUCCAAAAACUGGAUACUUACUAGACCCAAAGACUGGAAAAAACGUGCCUCUUGAUAUAGCAAUCGAGAAGAAAUUUAUUUCGCCAGAAGGUGCUUUAUUUCUAAGUAGUUUAUUAAAUAUAACACUUACCACAGAGACAGUUACUCGGACAGUUAAUCGGUAUGUGUCAAUUCAAACUACUACUCAAGAAACCCAGCAGAAAAUCCUAACAUUUGCGGAUGCAAUAAGUCGAGGUUUAAUUGAUGAAGACCGUCAGUUAUAUAAGGAUCAUAAAACAGGAAACGUUUAUUCUGUACAACAAGCCCUUUCUUAUGGUCUUUUGAUUCCAGACUCUGAUAAAAAUCCAAAUGCUAAUACCUCAAGUAAAUUAAAUAUUAUACCAAACAAAAAAUAUUUACCAGAAAGUGGAUGUGACGAAAAGGAAAUAUUAACCGAUUCUAGUAUUUCUUUAAGAAAGGAAAUUUAUAUAGAAACGAAAGGUGAAGGAAAUAUUACUGAAAAAGAAAGCUAUUAUGAGAAUAACCGAAAUCAAGAUAAUAAAACUCAGAGCGUUCUGAAAAAAGAUAAACUAAGUUUAGAAAAUGUUCCUACCAAUAAUACUAUGAUCCAAAAUAUUUCAUUAUUAGGAGGUGAAACGAAUAACUCAACUGAAAUGGACAUGGACGUAAGCUGGCGCGAAGAUGAAAGUCCUGAUCCUGUGCAAAUUGAGCCAGGAAAAAUAUAUGAUCCAUCCACAAUGCUGGUAAUUUUUACUGAAACUGGUCAAUCGAAAAAUAUAUUCGAGGCAGCAAGGGAAGGAGAUAUAAAUGAAAAUUUAAUUAAAAUCGUGGAUCCUAGUACAAAUAACGACAUUUCUAUUACAGAAGCCAUAAAUCGUAAGGUAUAUGACCCUGUUAAAGAUAUGAUUUUGACGAAAUGUGGAGAACCAAAACUUGUUAGUGACGCUAUAAAGAUUGGAUUAAUAAAAAUUGCUGGCACACCACUUGUGCCAGUUGAGGAAGCUUUGCAAAUUAUACGAUUCGUUACUGAUCCUAGGACUGGUGAAAGUAUACCUGUUGAGGUGGCCUACGAGCGCGGUAUUAUAUCCCAAAGUGAAAUAAAUAGCUCUUCAGUAACAUUGCAAAAAAUGAGAAAAAUUAUUUUGAAGCCUAUUGAUGCUUUAGAAAAAGGAAUAAUUGAUGCGGAAACCAAAGAUAUACUUGAGAGUUUGUCUAAUAAUGAUGGUUUAUCAAUAAGAAAAGCUCUAGAUAUGGGCCUUAUAGACGGGCAAAAAGGCAAUAUAUUAGACAUACAAAGAAACCGAAUAUUAAAUAUAAAUAAGGCUGUAGAAACUGAAAUAAUUGAUCCAGAAUCAAGCAAUCAUCUAUUAAUACCGUUAGCUAAAAGCUUAUCAAUACCAAAAUUGCUAGAACAAGGACUUAUUGAUAUGGAUAGUCAAAAAAUAAUUCAUCCAGAGAACGGUUACCUACUCAGCCUUAAUGAAGCUAUCAUUUGUGAUAUUCUUGAUCCACAUUCUGUGAUCCUAAAACCAAAUAAUUGUACUCUCCAGGAAGGUUUAAAUGAUGGUAUAGUUGAUGGUAUGAACUCUACUUUUAAAGUUGGUAAUAAAGUUCUCAGCCUAAGUGAAGCUGUUGGAGAAGGAAUAUUUGAUUUGAACUAUGGCAAAAGUACACCAAAUACGUUGCCACCUGUGGCCAUGACAUUUCCUGUUGCAAUUGAAAGAAGACUACUCAUUUCAAAUAAAAAUGAAAUAUCACAUCCAUAUACAGCUCAAAAAAUGACAAUAAAGGAAGCUUUAGAUAGUAAUUUCAUUAUGUGUAUUCCUUACCCUCCAAGAGUAGAUGCAAUCGAAGUAGAACAAGCUUUAAAUGAAGGCCUUAUUGAUGUUCAAAACCAAACAUUUAAACACUCAAAAACAACUAAGGAGACAAUAUCAAUACGUAGAGCCCUUGAAAAGGGAUAUUUAGUGCUGAAGCCGCUCUCUGAAUUCGUUACAACUCAAAGGCCUUUGCCCACUAGUAGAACUAUGGAGACAUUGAAAUCUCUUCAUACAAUUACAACGAAAACCAUUGAAUUGAUGCAAGGAUAUAUUCUGGUGUCUAAUAAUGAAGUUAAGAAUAUUCAAACUGGGGAAGUAUGUACCGUGGGUAAAGCGAAAGAAAUGGGUAUUUUAACGGAGAAAUUUAAAGAGAAUGCAGAAAGCUCAUUAGAUUCAAAAGAAAUUAAAACAAUUGAAGAACGCAUGGAUAUAGUUAAUACUGAAUCUAAAGAUUUUGGAGACAAUAAAGAUAGUAUGGGACUGGGUAGAGAAAGUCAAGACCAUUUUGAAGACGUCCACAAUAGGUAUGUUGAUUCAAAUACGGAAGAAAGUUUGUUAUCAGAAUUCCAACAUAAAAAAGAAGCAGAAUUCAUGCCGGACCGCCUCAAAUGUACACUACAUGAAGCAAUUUCCGGAAAAUUAAUCAACCCAAAGGAUUGCCAAGUAAUUUUGAAUGGCGAAAGGCUAUUAGAUAACGUAGAAACAAUGCUAGAAAAUGAAAACUUAAAUCUUCAGGAUGAAGUAGAAAUUUAUAAUCAGAAUUUGGUGUCAGUGACUAUGCAGCAACCAUCAUACCUAAUUAAUGCUCCACAUAUGUUAACACCAGAAAAAAUGAGCGAGCUCAAUGUUUUUGAUUUAAAACAUGAAUAUUUCAUAGAUCCUACAACAAAACGAAAAAUUUCAUUGCAAGACCUGGUUUUAUAUGGUCAUGUAUUUAAUCCAGCAUCAAUAUUAGUGAAAAAUUUUAGUACUGGUGAAUAUGAAACCUUGCUAGAUGCUUUGGAUCGUCCGCUUCUAAAUCGUCACAAUGGUCACAUGGUAGAUCCGAAAACUGGUCAAAAAAUUCCUUUCUUUGAGUGUAUUAAACGUGGAUGGAUUAUUUAUACUAGCACAGAUAAAGAAUUAGUGCAAGCUAACAUUGAAAAUUUCAUUGAUGUAGAAAGUGGCAAAAUAUUGCUUGGCGAUGGUCGAGUUUGUUCCAUUAGCGAUGCGAUUAAUAAUGGAAUCAUUGAUAUUCAGUCACUCUCAGUUCGAGAUCCAGUGAGUGGCGAAAUUAUUCCACUGCGUAUGGCAAUUGAGUUGGGAGUUGUAAACAUGCAAGCUGGAACAAUGAUCGAUUUUCAGACUUUGCAAGAAGUACCAUUAGAAGAAGCUUUCAAGUUAGGUUUUCUUGUGUCCGGUUCACGCAAACCGAUUUCUCUCGAAGCUGCCAUCCGUAAAGGUCUUUAUGAUCAAGAAACAGGAAAGUUAUAUGAUUCAGAAUCCAAAAAUCAGGUUGAUAUUCAACGUUCCAUAGAAAUAGGAUUAGUUGAUCCUAAAAUAUCACUUAUUGUCGACUCUCUCGAAAAUAAGGAACUAAAUUUGCAUAGUGCUAUUGAAGAUGAAUUGGUUUUGCCAGAGAAUGGACAAGUAAAAGAUACAAAAUCAAAUGUUUUUAUGCCCUUUAAUAAGGGUGUAGAAAAGAAAUUAGUUAAGACCGACAAUGUAACUUGGAGCUUAACAGAAUUAUUACAGCGUGAAUAUUACUCUCCUAAAACCGGUAAAGUCUUCAAUCCAAUAACUGGUAGUGAAAUGCUUCUACAAGAAGCUAUUGAAUUAGGUUUUGUUGAAUUGGAUACUUCUCUAAUAAAAAAUGACGAAAAUGGAACAAUUAUGUCCGGCAAAAUAGCCGUUAAAGAGGGUCUUCUCGAUACAGUAAGCGGUGUGUUGCGAUAUCCACAUCUAACGUUAGAUGAAGCCUUUGUAAAGGGAUACUUAAUAAGCACGAAGAAACCAUUAUCAUUAGUAGAUUGCCUUAUGCGGAACAUGUUCGAUCCCUCAACAUCAACGCUGAAAAUUGACGAUAAAAUUCUUAAUUUAAAAGAAGCAAUCACCCUAAAAUAUAUCAAUCCGGAUGAAUUAAUCAUUUUAGAUCCAAGAACGGAUUCGGUCAUAAGUAUAACAGAGGCAAUUACGAAAGGUCUACUUGACCCAGUAGGCGGCUAUGUUAUUGAUCCAUAUACAUCGGAAAAAAUGUCUUUAGUCGAAGCUUUAGAUAAUAGAGUGCUACUGCCAUCUAAGCGUAAAAGAAGCUUACCAGACGCGGUUUAUCUUGGUCUUUAUGACCCAAAAUCAGGCAAAAUCAGUAACACAAUUACUAGAGAAAAACUCUCAACUGAAACUGCUAUUCGCAGAGGAAUUAUUGAUACGGGUUCGACUAUCGUCAGGUUGGAUAGUAAGUUGCUUCCUUUUAUGGAAGCAGCAGAGGCCGGAAUAGUGGACACAAAGAAAGGUACAGUUAAGAUUGAAAAUGCGUCAGAAACAGAUUUUAAAGACGCGUUUGAACAGGGCAUUUUAAUAGAAGUUAAAACACCAAUUUCACUAGGCGAGGCCAUAGCUAAAAAUGUUUAUAAUGACCGCGAUGGUUAUGUCAUUGACCCUAAGACUGGACAUAAAAUUGCUUUAAUUAAGGCGUUAGAUACACAACUAAUAGAUAUAAAAAAUAUUGAGUUGCAAGAUUAUGAGACUGGGCUAUAUAAAAAUUUGACAGAAGCAAAAGCAUCAGAAGUCAUUGAUUGGGAAAGAGGAUUGAUGAAGUAUAACAAUGAAAAUAUAAGCAUUAAGCAUGCAUUUGAGAUAGGAGUACUGAAAGAUUUACAUGCACCAAUAAGUCUUCAAAAAGCUAUACUCGUCGGUUUGAUUGAUGAUGAUACAGGCAGGAUAAUAGACCCGAAAACGGGUAAGAAAAUAUUAUUACUGCAAGCUACUCGUGAGAGCGUUAUAGAUCCUCAAUUGCCAUGUGUUUUUGAUGAAGUGAAUGAGAAAAUGUACAAUUUAAAUGAAGCUUGUCGUUUCGGUAUUAUAAGUAAGCGAGACGGAAUUUUCAAAGAUCUUGGUAGCAAUAGAUGUAUUACCUUAGAAAAAGCUCUAAAACUGGGACUCAUUAUUGAUAUAGAAAAUGCCAAAUUUGGUUUAUAUGAGGCACUGGCUAUGGGAUUUUAUGAUGUUGAAGAAAAUAAGAUUUUGCAUCCUAUUAACAACAGAAAACUAAAUUUAGAAGAUGCCUUAACUAACAAUGUUAUAAGUGCCACAAGUAGUUUGAUAAAAAAUAGUAAUGGUGAAUAUUUACAAUUAUCCGAAGCUAUUUCGAAAUCAAUUAUUGAUACUGACGGUUACUAUAAUUUGCUUGGGGAACGUUUAAAUUUACACAAUGCUCGUAAACGUGGUCUUAUUGUGUCAAAUCGCCGGCCACAAAAUCUGAAAACAGUAAUAAGUAUGAAGUUAUAUAAUAGUAAUAAUGGUACAUUAUGUGAUCCAACUACCGGUCAAUAUUACAAUUUGUCAGAAGCAAUAAAUAAUGGAUUUAUAAAUCCGAAAACCACCAUAUAUAAAGGCAAAUUAACUGAUUACGACUUAACUGAAGCAUGUAAUAACGAUUUUAUAGACACCUCGAAAGGUCUAGUAACGGAUCCCAAAUCCCAAGUGCUAUAUGAUUAUGAAGUAGCUUUUAAUAGAGGUAUUUUAAUGUCAAUUUCAAGUCUUUUAAAUGAAAGCACCACCAGCGAAGUUAUAUUAGAAACACCCACUCAGAUAAAAGAUAAAACAAAACCUCAAGAAAUGUCUUUAAACGAAGCCAUAAACGUAAAUAUUAUUGAUCCUAAAGCUGCAUUUGUACGACAGGGAAGCUCUUACAAACUGAUUCCAUUCUCUGUUGCACAGCAAAAUAAUUUGUUCGAUAUGAAUAAAAGGAUUGUAGUUGAUCCAAAUUCGUUGUUCUUUUCAAUUGACCCUUCUCUUAUUGUCUACUUGCGAGAGCCUAUUACAUUUGAUCAAGCAGUCGAAAGCAAAAGUCUUGAUUUAGAAACUGGUUUGGUAACGUUUAAAGUAAGCUCCACAGACUUAGUCGAUGAUGACGUCAAAGUAUAUUCAUUAAAGAAUGCUGUUACCGCAGGUGUAAUUGAUCCGCUAUCAGCUCUAGUCAAGGAUGAAGCUAAAACUAAAUUAGUUGGAAUGUCAGAGGCAUUUCGAAAAGGUCUUGUGGAUGCAAAUAAAGCCAAUGUAUUAAACACAAAGACGUCCAAAGUCUGCUCGUUACAAAAUGCCUAUGAAACUGGCUUACUUGUUACACCCAAACGAUCAUUCGGCUUAAUAGAAGCAAUACAGUAUAAUAUAUACAACGCUGAAAACGGAUGUCUAAUAGAUCCAUUUCAAAUGAAUACCGAUAGAAAGCAUAGUAAUCACUUUACAUUAUUAGAGUCAAUUGCGUGUGGUUUGCUGGAUCCUUCGUCCACGGUUGUUAGAGGAUCCGUUACCGAUAAAAUUGUACCAUUAACUGCGGCUAUUAACAGUGGACUCAUCGAUGGAAACAACGGUCGUUUAGUAAAUCGCUCUGAUAAUAAAAAAGGCAUUGAUUUGAUGAAAGCAGCUCAGUUGGGCCUCAUAUUACCUGCCGAACAGCGACAAGCCGUUUUCGAAAAAUUUAACAUCUGUGAGGAAGGUGUAAAUGAAUUACUAAAGUGGGUCAGUACGAUUGAAUACAAAAUAUCAAAUAUUGGAGGUCCUAAAGAGAAAAUUGACGAUAUUCGUAACCAAACGAAUACUUUAAGACAAAUAAAAGAAGAAAUCGAAGCACAACAGCGACCAGUAUCCUCAUGUUUGGAACAAAUACGUCAAAUUGUUUUAACAGGAGCCGAUGUACUUUCUACACCUGAAGUAACUACUUUGGAAAAUGCUGGUAGAGAGUUGCGUUCUAGAGUUGAACGGGUAGGCGACCGUGCCACAAGGCUUUUACGUCGUCUUGAAGCAAUCCGUGAUGAGCUAACUAAAAUUUGUGGCGAAUUAAGUAUUUUCUUUAAUUGGUUACAAGAAGCUCGACAUAAACUCGAAGAUAAAGAGCAAUCUUUGGCUGACCUAAAGAAUUUAUCGGUACAUGGUGAUUCCAUACGUGAGUUCGUAAGCGAUGUUAUUGGACACCAAGCUGAUCUUCGUUUCAUUACUAUGUCAGCACAACGUUUCGUUGAUGGCAGCAAAGAAUUUCUUUCAAUUCUUAAUGAUUUUCGUACAUCGUUACCUGAACGUCUACCUCAUAUCGAACCAAUAUCCAAUGCAGAAAGCCCUAUUCGUCAAGAGGUUUCUUUGAUAUCCACACAGUACAAAGAUUUAUUACAUCGUGCAAAUGCUCUUCAAGAUCGCAUAUCUGGACUUAAUGCUUGUCAGCGAGAAUUCCAAAAUGCAAUUGAUAAGGCCGAGGAGUGGGUUCGUAAUGUACAACCUCGAGUAUUACGUAUUUUAUCCGAACCUCUUUCGGCCGAUACAAAAGCUGCCUCCGAACAAAUGAAUAAAGCAAAAGCCCUUCAUAAUGAAUUGUUAUCAAAUGGCCGUUUAAUUGACAAUGUUGAUCAAACAUUAGAUGAUUUAAUGAAAAUAUUGGGCAGUCAACUCAGUCCUCACGAAUCUAAGGUUUUGGAGAAGCCAGCAUUAGACUUAAAAAGCAAAUACCAAAAGAUGAUCGAUACACUAAAUGAUCAUUGCAAAAUACUUGACAAAACAUUAUUGCAAUCUCAAGGUGUUCAGGAUGCGCUUGAAAAUUUGGUUAGUUGGGCGAAUAAAGCAGAGGAUAAAUUUAAAUUACAAUUUCGUCCAGCUUCUCUUAUAAAAGAGCGUUUACAAGAGCAAAUACGUGAACAUAAAACUUUGUUGGCGGAUGUUAACUCACAUCAGGGAACCAUUGCUAGUGUGCAGACGUCGGCGAAACAUUUGAUGGAUAACGCAUCCAAUCCCCGUAUUGCAAAAACGGUUGAAUCCAAUUUAAAAGCCGUGUCCGAAAAAGUAGAGAAGCUGACAGAGAAAUUGUAUAAGAGAGGUGAAUUUCUUGAGGAUGUAUAUAAUAACCUCCAAAAAUGUUUGGAUGAGAUCGCAAGUACCGAACACGAUUUACAUACUUUGCAAGAAAUGAUCGAUAGUAGAGAAAUAAAUAAUUUAGCAAUCGAUAAACUUUUGUAUCGCAUGGAGGAAAUACUACGCACAAAGGAAAGUAAAGCUGCUGCUUACGAAAACUGUGUUACAAAUUGCAAAAAUUUGAUUGGACAACGUGAUGUCACGGAUACUGGCCCAUUGCGCGAUCGAUUAAAAUCACUGGAAAAUUUAUGGCGCAGCAUCAAUAUUACAUUAGAUGAAAAAUCUAAAUUAUCUAAAAUGAAAGCGGAGCAAAAAGUGCAAUACGAAGAUUUGAAAGACAAAGUGAUUUCUUGGCUGUCUGAAAUGGAAGGCCAGAUAGGCAAAAUGUGCCCUGUUGCUAUAGAUUUAAAAGUAAUUAGAGAACAAAAUGAUGAACUUAAGCCACUUUUCCGGAAAUACCGAGAUUUUAACGAACAUAUCGAAAAGAUAAAUGACAUUGGGGCUCAAUACGAUGCUCUUUUCCAUCCAGAAAGUCCAAACCGGAAAAGGUUGUCUUACAGUCCAAUUAAGCGUGUAAGUCCCAUGAGAACUACAUCUGGAGAAGGAAGAAGUCCAAGUCCUAAUAAAGUCGGUAUCUUGUCCCCUCUUUCUACUACGUCGAGUGGAUUUGGCAGUCGUAGAUCAUCUCAAGAUGGUUUCCAAAUUUCUGAAUUAUCUCCAGUUCAACAUCAAUUGAAAGAGAUCAAUAAUCGUUAUAAUUUGAUAGGUGUUCGUUUGUCGGAUCGUCAAAAUGAAAUCGAUAAUAUGACCGAAGAAGUGAAGAAGCAAUAUGAAAAUUUAAAAACUUUGACAUUAUUCUUAGACCGCAUCCAGCGCCAAGUUCCAAAAGAAUCAGCAUCAAAUAAAGAUGAAGCUGAACAUUGCAUCAAACAAGCUAGGAAAGUUCUCGAAGAUAUGUAUGAAAAGCAAAGUUUAUUAGAUACCACCAAGGUACAAAUCAAAGACAUAUUACGGCGAAAACCUGAUGUGAUUGGCGCUGAUCAGUUGAGACUAGAGAAUGACAAUAUUAUUGAGAAAUGGAAGAAUUUAAGUGAAAUAUUCAAACGCCGGAUUGAAUUUUCUGAAAAAUUACGCGACUUUUUAGAUAUGUAUAACAAUUUAUCCAACUGGUUGCAGAGCAAAGAAAGAAUUUUAACUGUUCUUGGUCCCAUUUCCACAGAUUCUAGAAUGGUUCAGAGUCAAGUGCAGCAGGUACAGGUCCUCCGAGAAGAAUUUCGAAUUCAGCAACCACAAUUGAAUCAUUUUCAAGAAAUUGGUCAUGAAGUUUUGAAUCGUAUUUCAAUUCCGUCUGAUAAACCAAAUAUAGAGAAAAAGUUAAAUGACGUAUUGAAGAAAUGGGACGACAUUGUUGCACGCCUGGAUGAACGGGCCAACAACUUGGGUGGUGCUGCUGAUAGCAGCAAAGAGUUUGAUGCUGCUAUAAAUAGAUUACGAGAAGCUCUACAAAGUAUAAGCGAUAAUUUAGAUGAAUUAUCUACAGAUGGUGACCAUGAAGAAAACUUACGAAAGAUAGAAAACCUUGAAAGACAAUUGGAAGGACAAAGAUCAUUAUUAGCUGAUGCUGAGCAAUCAGCCAUUCUACUGUGUAAUAUUCUUGGAGACUCUGCUUCCCGCGCUGAUGUAAAUUCCAAAGUAGCUGCAUUAGAAAAACAAUAUCAGACAUUGCAGCGAAAGUUGGAUACGAAAAAAGCAGAAACUGAAGCUUCAUUGCGUGAUAGCCGCCAUCUUUCGGAAAGCUGUGCAAAAAUGAUAGGUUGGUUAUCGGGAGAACUUUCUAAUUUGUCCGAGAAAUUGCUUUUAUCGGCACAUAAACCUACCUUGCAACAUCAAAUCGACGCACACGAACCCAUAUAUCGUGAAGUGAUGGCACGGGAACACGAAAUUAUUAUGCUUAUAAACAAAGGAAAAGAACUGGGAGAUCGCCAGCAACACCGAACAGUGAAAAGAGAUUUAGAACGAAUACAGCAACUGUGGGACAAACUUCGUAGAGAAGUCGCCGAGAGGCAGUCACGUCUGCAAACAUGUAUGGAGCAUUGCAAAAAAUAUUCACAGACAUCAGAAACUUUCCUGUCAUGGUUAAGAAUCGCAGAGGAUAAAUUGGCUAACCUAACACCCGGAAAACUGUAUAAAUCCAAUGUGGAAAAUCGUCUGCGAGAUAUUCAAACGCUUAGAAGUGAAGUGUGGAAACAUUCCAACGAAUAUGAGUCGACUAAGGGAUUAGGUGAAACAUUCAUUGCCUAUUGUGACAUUGAUAAAGAUCCAAUAAAAUGUGAGCUACAAGAUAUUAAAGAUAGAUGGGAGAAAUUAAAUAAUGAUUUAAUCAAUAAAACGCAAGAUAUUGAAAAUUGCUCACGGCGAUUAUCUGAUUUUAACGAUCACCUAAGAAAUUUGGAUAAUGCUGUUGGUCGCUGUGAAGACCGUUUAGCGGCUCAUGAUGCCUUAGGAGGAGCAGCUAAAGAUCCGAAAUUACUCGAACGAGUAAAAGCUAUACGUGAUGAAUUAGUUAAAUUGGAGAAACCACUUACAGAUUUAAAAUCUAUGGCAAAAACUAUAUCUUCAGAGUGCCAAGCAGCCGGCGGGGAUGGAGAUCAUUUAUGUGAUGAUGUAGACGGUAUGUUUGACCGUGUUUCCGAUCUAAACGUUCGUCUUAAUGAUCGAUUUGUUGAAUUACAAUCUGCUGCGUCUACCAUAUCGAAGUUAAAUGAGCAAAUUAAAAACUUCUUAGCUGAUUUGAACAAUUUAGAGCAUGAGAUCGAAAACUUAGCGCCACCCGGGCGCGAAGUAAGCAUAAUAAAAUCACAAUUAAAGAAAACAUCUGACAUACAUUCGAAGCUUAAUCAUAUGUCUAAUGCCGUCAACGAUAUGGAACGUUCCUCAGCCGCUCUCAUUGAUUCUGGAAUUUCUACAGAAAAUCAAAUACCUGCUCAAAUUUCUUUGAUCCGAAAUACACUGAGUCGUUUAGAUAAUCAAUGCCGCAAUCGCGAGAACGAUUUGGAAAAUACGUUACAGUUAUUAAAUGAGUUUAACGAUUUAAAACAACAGGCCCUCGAUGACUUACGAAAUGUGAAAUCUGAAUUCCAUAGUUUUAAACCAGUUAGUUCAGAACUCGAUCAAAUUCGUCGGCAACAAGAAGAUUUUCGCAACUUUAGAAACCUCAAAGUGGAAAAUCUAGCACAAAAAAUCAGUAAAGUAAACAAUAAUGGUCGCGACUUAGUUAGGUCAGCUGGCAAUGGCGUUUCGACAGCUGUCAUUGAGAAAGAUUUGGAGUCUUUAAACGAUAAUUGGAAUAAUUUAAAAGAAUUAAUGAAUGAACGUGAACGGCGUUUGGAUGUUGCUCUUUUACAAUCUGGUAGAUUCCAAGAAGCAUUGUCUGGUUUAUCUAAAUGGCUGUUUGACACAGAAGAAAUGGUGGCAAAUCAAAAGCCACCAAGUGCAGAUUAUAAAGUUGUUAAAGCCCAACUUCAAGAACAAAAGUUCUUAAAGAAGAUGCUGAUGGACAGACAAAACUCAAUGUCUUCACUUUCUUUAAUGGGAAUGGAAGUAGCAAAUGCCUGCGAACCUUCAGAACGGGAUUCAAUUGAAGGGCAAUUAAAUGAUCUUGUGAAACGUUUCGAUUCCCUUACAAAUGGAGCCGAACAACGCGAGUCAGACCUGGAAGCAGCAAUGGAUGUUGCUAAAGCUUUCCAAGAUAAAAUAAUUCCACUUGAGCUAUGGCUUGAUGGUGUUGAGCGAUCCAUCAAAAACAUGGAACUUGUUCCAACGGAUGAGGAAAAAAUCCAAAAUCGCAUCAAGGAACAUAAUGAGUUGCAUGGUGAAAUUUUAUCAAAAAAAUCAAGCUUUACUGAUUUAGCAGACAUUGCUGGACAAUUAAUGCAAUUGGUUGGUGAGGAUGAAGCAGUGCAACUAGCAGAUAAAGUUCGAAAUAUUACGGAUCGUUUUACUAAUUUAGCCGAUAUAAGCGAAAAUAUUGGUUCUUUACUUGCUGAAUCACGCCAAGGACUAAGACAUUUAGUUAUAACUUAUCAAGAAUUGGUUGCGUGGAUGGAGAGAAUGGAACAAGAACUCUCUCGAUUUAAACCAAUUGCUGUUUAUCCAGAAAAGCUUCUGGAACAAAUGGACUAUCUAGUUGAACUAAAUGAAAAUAUUGCUAGUCAAGCUCCAAACAUUGAAUCCACUGUCGAUUCUGGAUCCGAGUUGAUGAAACAUAUUUCCAAUGAUGAAGCUUUACAAUUGAAAGAUAAACUAGAUGCACUCCAACGUCGUUACGGAGAAUUAGCGACUAGAGGCGGCGAUCUUCUCAAAAGAGCUAAAAACGCCCUUCCUUUGGUGCAACAAUUCCAUGAUUCACAUAAACGUUUGCUAGAUUGGAUGCAAACAGCUGAAAGUGCUUUUACGGCAAGUGAAUUUGGUCAAGCAGAUUUGUUGCGCCUAGAAUCUGAAUUGGUAGAAAUGCGCCCCGUAAUAGACAAUAUUAAUUUAUUCGGCCCACAAUUAUGUCAAAUUUCUCCAGGAGAUGGAGCAGCUUCGAUUGAGAGUAUCGUUACUCGUGAUAAUAGACGUUUCGAUGCAAUAGUAGAACAAAUUCAACGUAAAGCAGAACGAUUUCAUCUUAGCACCCAACGCGUUAAAGAGGUCACUGGUGAUAUCGAUGAAUUGCUUGAAUGGUUCCGGGAUAUGGACACAACUCUUCGGGAAGCUGAUCUGCCUGCUAUCGAGCCAACAUUGGUACGAUUACAAUUACAAGAGCAUCGUUCUAUAAAUGAUGAUAUCUCGAGUCAAAAGGGGCGAGUCCGCGAUAUAGCCACAACAUCCAAAAAAAUUUUAAGGGAAUCUCCUCAAAGCGAAUAUAUAGCUGCACUUCGUGAAAAACUUGAUGAUUUAAAAGAAAUCGUAGAUUCUGUCGCACAAUUAUGUAGUGAACGCUUGGGAGUAUUAGAGCAAGCGUUACCUUUGUCAGAACAUUUCGCUGAUUCGCACAACGGUUUGUCAAGCUGGUUAGAUGAUAUGGAACAACAAAUUUCAAGAUUUAGUAUGCCAGUCUUACGACCAGAUCAAAUAACUACACAACAAGAUAAAAAUGAACGCCUAUUGCUAUCUAUUACUGAGCAUAAACCUCUACUUGAUAAGCUUAAUAAAACAGGAGAAGCGUUGGGAGCCCUUGUAUCAGAAGAUGAUAGUGCAAAAAUAAAUGAAGUUCUUGAUUCUGAUAACUCUCGGUAUGCGGCACUUCGCCUCGAGUUGCGUGAACGCCAGCAAAUGUUGGAAAAUGCUUUGCAGGAAUCUAGUCAGUUUUCAGACAAAUUAGAGGGCAUGCUACGCGCAUUAGCUAAUACAGUAGAUCAAGUUAAUCAAUUGGAACCCCUUUCAGCACUUCCGCAAAAGAUCAGAGAGCAAAUGGAAGACAAUGCCGCAUUAACAGAUGAUUUGGAAAAGCGUUCAGAUGCUUUUACGGCAGUUAAAAGAGCGGCUGACGAGGUUAUUGCAAAGGCCGGAAAUAAAGCAGAUCCAGCUGUGCGUGAUAUAAAAUCAAAAUUAGAGAAACUUAACAGUCUAUGGAAUGAUGUGCAGAAAGCUACCAAGAAUCGUGGCAGCUCACUUGAUGACAUUUUAAGUGUAGCUGAACCUUUCUGGAAACAACUAAAUGGCGUAAUGGGCACACUAAAAGACUUAGAAGAAACAUUGUCCUCGCAAGAGCCACCUGCUGCCCAGCCACAGGAAAUACAGAAACAACAAGUUGCCUUACAGGAAGUCCGGUUUAAAAUUGAUCAGACUAAACCAGAGGUAGAACAAGUUCGGCGUAAUGGUAGCAAUUUGAUUAAUAUGUGCGGUGAACCAGAUAAACCGGAAGUUAAAAAACACAUCGAAGACUUGGACAAUGCUUGGGACAAUAUAACAGCUCUGUAUGCAAAACGUGAAGAAAAUUUAAUUGAUGCUAUGGAAAAAGCAAUGGAGUUCCAUGAGACUUUACAAAAUUUGGAAAAAUUCUUAGACAAAGCAGAACGUAAUUUUGAACGUCUUGGACCCGUUGGCUCUGACAUAGACGCAGUUAAAAAGCAAAUCGAACAACUGAAGAGAUUUAAGGACGAUGUUGAUCCUCAUAUGCUGGAGGUAGAAGCAUUAAAUAGGCAAGCUGUAGAACUAACAGAUCGUACAUCUCCUGAGCAAGCUGCGUCAAUUCGCAAACCAUUGUCAAUUGCAAAUCAACGUUGGGAAACAUUACUUCGUAAUAUGGUAGACCGUCAGAAGCAAUUAGAACAUGCUCUUUUGCAUUUGGGACAAUUUCAGCAUGCCCUUAAUGAAUUGUUGGUAUGGAUUGAUAAAACCGACGUUACUUUGGAUCAAUUAAAACCGAUACCAGGGGAUCCACAACUUUUAGAGGUAGAAUUAGCGAAACUAAAAGUAAUUGCCAACGACAUUCAAGCUCACCAAAACUCAGUGGACACUUUGAAUGAUGCUGGUCGGCAGCUGAUUGAAACUGAGAAGGGAACAUUAGAAGCUUCAACCACACAAGAGAAGCUACGAAAAUUAAAUGCAAUGUGGAAAAUGUUGAUUCAAAAAGCUUCUGAUCGUCAGCAUGAACUCGAAGAAGCUUUACAUGAAGCCCAAGAAUAUAUUGCAGAGGUUCAAGAUAUUCUUGGAUGGUUAGGUGAUGUAGACGCAGUCAUAAGUGCAAGUAAACCGGUUGGUGGCUUACCAGAAACUGCAACCGAGCAGUUGGAACGAUUCAUGGAGGUUUUCAAUGAAUUAGAAGAGAAUCGUCCAAAAGUGGAGACAAUACAAGUACAAGGCCAGGAAUAUAUCAAACGGCAGAAUAGUAUAAAAGUACCAUCCAGCAAUUUGCAACAUACUUUACGUACAUUAAAACAAAGAUGGGAUGCAAUAAAUUCUAGAGCCUCCGAUAAGAAGAUUAAAUUAGAAAUAGCUCUAAAAGAAGCUACUGAGUUUCAUGAUACUCUUCAAGCUUUUGUUGAAUGGUUAGAUCAAGCCGAAAAUCACUUAUCAAAUGCGUCACCUGUUUCACGAGUUUUACGAACAAUUCAAGACCAAAUGGAAGAGCAUAAAAUUUUGCAAAAAGACGUCAGCACUCAUCGCGAAGCAAUGCUGUUGCUUGAUAAAAAAGGAACUCAUUUGAAAUACUUUAGCCAAAAGCAGGACGUAAUUUUAAUUAAAAAUCUUUUGGUUUCUGUGCAACAUCGUUGGGAACGUAUAGUUAGCAAAACUGCCGAGCGAACUCGGGCAUUGGAUCAUGGAUAUAAGGAAGCGAGAGAAUUCAAUGAUUCUUGGAAUAGCAUUAUGCAAUACCUUAAUGAAACUGACGCAGCGCUAGACCAAUUAAUCGAAGAGGCGGCAAGAUCCAAAGAGCCUCCGAGAAUUAAAAAACUUAUCAGCAAACUAAAAGAUACACACCGUCAACUCACUACAAAACAAACGGUAUAUGAUACAACCAUGCGUUCAGGCAAAAAUCUCUUAGAUAGAGCACCAAAAGGAGAUGAGGCGACUUUUGUUAAAAUGUUAACAGAACUUAAAGAGAAAUGGACAACAGUAUGGUCUAAGAGUAUUGAACGUCAACGUAAAAUGGAAGAAGCUUUACUUUUAUCUGGUCAAUUCUCUGAUGCUCUUUGUGAAUUGCUCGAAUGGUUGAAAAAAGCCAAAAAUCGUUUAAAUGAAAAUAUAUUAGUGCACGGGGAUUUAGAAACAGUACAAGGAUUAAUAGAACACCAUAAGCACAUCGAACACGAUUUACAAAAGCGUGCAACUCAAAUGCAGAGUGUAUUGAAGACUGGUCGGGAAUUAGAGAAAUCUAGUGAGAAUGAAGAAGUAGAACAACAACUUAAUGAACUUCAAGUACUUUGGAACGAAGUAAAAGACGCAGCAAAAAGAAGAGAUGACAGCCUGCGGGAUGCACUCAAAGACGCUGAAAAGUUAAACAAAGAAAUUCAUUCGUUAUUUGAUUGGUUAGAUCAUGCGGAACAAAAGUUACGUUACGCUAAAAACGCGCCGGAUGAUGAAAAGAUAACGCGAGAAAUGAUAUCUUUACAUAAUGAAUUUAUUAAAGACUUGCGAAAUCGUGAGAACCAAAAGACCCAAACAUUCCAGUUCGCUGAAGAAAUUAUAAAUAAAGCAUACCCUGAUGCAAUUCCAAUUAUAAAGAAUUGGCUAUCUAUUAUACAACAACGAUGGGAUGAAGUAUUACAGUGGUCUAUUAAUCGAGAGACAAAAUUAGAACAACAUUUACAAUCGCUUAAGGAUUUGGACGAUUGUAUCGAAGAACUCUUGGCAUGGCUUAAUGGCUUAGAGGCAACAUUAUUAAAUUUAGAAAAGGAGCCUUUACCAGACGAAAUUACAGAGCUUGAAAAACUAAUAGAAGAUCAUAAAGAGUUUAUGGAAAACACAGCCCGUAGACAAGUCGAAGUGGACCGAGCAUGUAAACCGAAACAACAGCCUUCAAACUCGCGAAGAAGUAUGUCGAGAAUAUCAAAAACUCCAAUACAUGACUUACCAGAGAAAUUUACGGAGAGUAAUCUUCGUAGACAAAGCUUCAAGGGUUCCCGAGACCAAGGACUGAAUACACGAAGGUUGAAUCGCUUAACUCCAAGUCGUGAUACUCCAGAUAGGGAUCGCUUGCCGCAUUACGGUCCUCGAUUUUCACCCAGUGUAAAUACAGUCGCUCAAGACCUAGAGUUCCGAUCUCCUCGUGCAAGUUUGUUGUGGGAUAAAUGGCGUUAUGUUUGGAUGCUUUCAUGGGAGCGGCAACGACGUCUUCACGAUCAUAUGAUGUAUUUGAAGGAUAUGGAACGUGUACGCAACUUCAGCUGGGAUGAUUGGAGGAAAAGAUUCCUUAAAUACAUGAAUCAUAAAAAAUCUCGCCUAACAGACCUAUUCCGUAAAAUGGAUAAAGACAACAAUGGUCUCAUCCCACGAAGCGAAUUCAUGGAUGGCAUAUUAAAUACAAAAUUCGACACAUCUCGAAUGGAAAUGAGUGCGGUGGCAGAUCUAUUCGAUCGAAACGGUGAAGGUCUUAUUGAUUGGCAAGAAUUUAUUGCUGCAUUGAGACCUGAUUGGCAAGAGCGCAAACCUGCAACAGAUUCAGAUAAAAUACAUGACGAAGUAAAGCGGUUAGUUAUGCUGUGCACUUGCAGGCAAAAGUUCCGUGUAUUCCAGGUUGGAGAGGGCAAAUAUAGAUUUGGUGAUUCACAAAAACUACGUUUGGUGCGAAUUUUACGUAGCACUGUUAUGGUUAGAGUAGGUGGUGGUUGGGUGGCGCUUGAUGAGUUUUUGCAGAAAAAUGAUCCUUGUAGAGCCGAUGAGCAUUUAGCAGAGCUAAUGCCAAUAUUCGAACGUAUACGUACCCAGGAGCAAGUUCCAUGUGCCUUUCCCAUACAUAUGGGUUCAGGGGGCACCGUUUUUGUACGUUGUAAUAAUAGUCGUUCUUUACCACAAAACCCACAUGUAUUACACUGUCAUCCCACUACGCAUUGGGUACGCGAACGCUCGGUACGUUCUAUACCAAUGACACGUCCAAGCCGGUCUUCACAAUCGGCUUCUACUCCGGACUCGCUGAGUGAUAAUGAAUUCGGUCAAAAUACAUCUUCUGGUCGAUAUACUCCACGGAAAGUUACAUAUACCAGUACACGCGGCGCUAUAACACCGUCUGGAUCUCGCGCAGGAUCUAAACCGAACUCCCGUCCAUUAAGUCGACAGGGGUCGAAACCACCAUCUAGACACGGAUCUAAUUUAUCUUUGGACAGCACAGAUGAAACUCUUCCAUCUCGCAUUCCACAGCGAAAAUCUUCAGCUUUGGGGAGUGGAUCUAUAACUCGACCAUCACGUCUGUCUGUGACAUCAGCAACGGCCGAUGUUAGCUCGUCUGCAAGGAAAGCAGUGUCUGGAUCGGCGAGCCCGGCUCAGUCAAGCAGUGGUGGUAUGAGUAGAGCAUCCAGCAUUCCAAGAUUAAGCAGCUAUGGUAAUAGGAAAAAUGCUAGUGGCAACUCAACUCCAUCUGGCGCUCGUACACCUAGAAAAGGCUCGGCUGAUCCGACAAUAAGCUCGACAAUGCGAUCUCAAGCGCAUCGAGGAACUACACCCGUAAAUAAGCGUGAACCAUUUCGCCUGUAA